UUCAUUUCAUAGGUAUUUGGAAAGGCUGGGUGAGGGAGUGAGCGAAAGGUGGAGAGUGCUAGGCUACGGACAGUGUGGGUUUAAGGUUCCCACUCUUUUUAGGCUGGCGGCUGACCCAAGCGUAUGCCCCCCCCCCCCCUCCCCCAACGAGAACGAUUUUGACGGAGCCGCAGGACAAAAUAGGAGGAUAGUGGAAGCGACUGGAAUGAGAGAAGAAGAGAGCUGAUUUUAGGAGAUAAGGUACGACAGACAGAGGCAUCGCGGCGGUAGACACCAACCAGACAACGGUAGCUACGGACGAAGAGAGAAAAAGGAAGACAUAAAAAGUGGAAAGGUUUGACAGUUUUGUAAAGCGAACAGAGUAAACAAAUUGUGGAAACGUUAGUUCACCGGCAGGUAUGGCAGACGCAGACGUUGACUUCCAGACAGGCGAUGCCGGGGCAUCCGCCACCUUCCCCCAGCAGUGCUCGGCCCUGCGCAAGAACGGCUUCGUGGUGCUGAAGGGGCGACCCUGCAAAAUCGUGGAGAUGUCCACGUCCAAGACCGGCAAACACGGCCACGCUAAGGUCCACAUGGUUGGUAUCGACAUCUUCAACGGAAAGAAGUAUGAGGAUAUCUGUCCCUCCACCCACAACAUGGACGUACCCAACAUCAAGAGACUAGACUACCAGUUGAUUGGUAUCACGGAUGGUUACUUGUCUCUGCUCCAAGACAGCGGUGAAGUAAGAGAGGACCUGAAGAUGCCAGAAGGAGACAUGGGCAAAGAAAUCGAAACCAAGUACGAUGCUGGAGAGGAGAUUCUGAUCACUGUUCUGUCUGCGAUGAAUGAGGAGGCUGCAGUUGCCAUCAAGGCCAUGGCUAAAUAAGACACUGCAGGUUACACGUACAUAACACUGUAUGUCUAUGGACCAAGGGGAAGGCAACUCCAAGACUGCUUUUUGGAGAACAUCUCUAUUCAAGACCUUGAACUACAGAGAUGUUGGCACAACAGGAGUUAUGGUUAAUGUUGAUCAAGGUCUUUUUGAAUGUAUCUUAUUUAUUUGUAUGUCUUUUUUAUCAGCCAAGGUUAGGUACAUGUUUUACUUUGCCUAAGGACGUACUGGAACACUUUGGCUGGUCCCCCAGGCUACUUAUAUAUUUGUUUUAAAUCACAGGAGGUUGGUGGCAUCUUAGUUGGUGGAGGACUGGCUCGUGGGAAAGGCUGGAGUGGAAUAGGUGGAAUGGUAUCAAAUACAUAAUAAUGUCUGGAACGGAGCAAAUGGAAUGGCAUCAAACACAUGGACCAUGUGCCAUUAUUAUGAACCGUCCUCCCCUCAGCAGCCUCCUGUGUUUGAAAUGUUACUGUUGGUUUACCUGGUUGUAGUCUUCAUUCACACUACAGUAUAUGUCUGUUUUGAAAAACAUGUUGAAACAAGGGAAUUGUUUAAGAGUACUAUACAAUAUACUGGGGAUGUCUUGUUUUUCCAUGUACAGUGCAUUUGGAAAGUAUUCAGACCGCUUGACUUUUUCCACAUUUUGUUACCUUUACAGCCUUAUUCUGAAAUGGAUUAAAUGGUUUUUUUCCUCAUCAAUUUACACAAAACCCCAUAAUGACAAAGCAAAAACAGGUUUUUAGAAAUGUUUGCAAAUAUAAUACAAAAUAAAACUGAAAUAUCACAUUUACAUAAGUCUUUACUCAGUACUUUGUUGAAGCCCCUUUGGCAGCGAUUACAGCCCUGAGUCUUCUUAGGUAUGACGCUACAAACUUGGCACAUUUGUAUUUGGGGAGUUUCUCUAAUUCUUCCCUGCAGAUCCUCUUAAGCUCUGUCAGGUUGGAUGGGGAGCGUUGCUGCACAGCUCUUUUCAGGUCUCCAGAGAUCGAUUGGUUUCAAGUCCGGGCUCUGGCUGGGCCACUCAAGGACAUUCAGAGACUUGUCCGAUAGACACUCCUGCGUUGCCUUGGCUAUGUACUUAGGGUCGUUGUCCUGUUGGAAGAUGAACCUUCUGAGCGCUCUGGAGCAAGUUUUCAUCAAGGAUCUCUCUGUACUUUGCUCCGUUCAUCUUUCCCUCGAUCCUGACUAGUCUCCCAGUCCCUGCCGCUGAAAAACAUCCCCACAGCAUGAUGCUGCCACCACCAUGCUUCACCGUAGGGAUGGUACCAGGUUUCCUCCAGAUGUGACGCUUGGCAUUCAGUCCAAAGAGUUCAAUCUUGGUUUCAUCAGACCAGAGAAUCUUGUUUCUGUAAUAUUUCAUUUUUCAAUUUUUUAUAAAUUUGCUAACAUUUCUAUAAAAAAAAACAGUUUUUGCUUUGUCAUUAUGGGGUAUUGUGAGUAGAUUGAUGAGGGGGGGACUAUUUAAUACAUUUUAGAAUAAGGCUGUAACGUAACAAAAUGUGGAAAAAGUCAAGGGUCUGAAUACUUUCCGAAUGCACUGUAUAUUAUACGAAAUCUGUGAACGGUACAGUACUGUUACAGCAAUGGACUUGCCUACCCCUUAUGCACUUAUUACUUGCUUACAUAUGUUGUUAUUUAUUUACAGUAUUUAUGUAUGAGCACAUGUAUAUAUAAAGAGUUGUUUUUAUAUAGAUUCCAAUGCUUGAUGUAUUUGUGUGAAUGUAAUGGUGUAUUUACAGUGAGCUCCAAAAGUAUUGGGACAGUGAGCUCCAAAAGUAUUGGGACAGUGAGCUCCAAAAGUAUUGGGACAGUGACACAUUUGUGGUUGUUUUGGCUCUGAAAUGAUAAUGACUAUGAGGUUAAAGUGAAGACUGUCCGCUUUAAUUUUGAGGGUAUUUUCUUUGAUAUCAGGUGGACCGUUUAGAAAUUACACCACUUUUUGUACAUAGUCCCCCCUCCAUUUUAGGGGACCAAAAGUAUUGGGACAAAUUCACUUGUGUGUAUUAAAGUGGUCAAAAGUUUAGUAUUUGGCUCCAUAUUCUUAGCGCCCAAUGAUUACAUAAAGCUUGUGACUCUACAAACUUGUUGGGUGCAUAAUGAUUAAUGAUGGAGAAAGCUAGGUGCACAAAUAUCAUACCACCAAGACAUUCUAACCUCACACCAUUACAAUAACAGGGGAGGUUAGCAUUUUUAUGUCUCUAACUUUCUCAGUCCUCAUUAUUCACGAUUCAUUCAGGAUUAUCCGUAAUCAUGGUAGCAUCCACAUUAAUGUAAGUGUUUAGAAUCAUAUUCUAUUCUUAGUUACAAUUAAAGUGACUCCAAAAAUGACACAAUACAUUUUAUUUACCAUUCAUUUCUAUUGUGCACAAAAUAAUCUGAAAUACAACCAAAACAUACAACAAAUGCACCAAACAAGUUUGUAGUCACAACUUGAUGUAAUUAAUCAUUGCACGUAGGAAUUUGUACCAAUACUAAAAUGGGGGGAGAGGGGACAAAUACAAAAAGCUGUCAUUUAUAAACGGUUCACCCAAUAUGGAUGAAAAUACCCUCAAAUCAAAGCUGACAGUCUGCACUUUAACAUAGUAAUUGUAUCAUCUCAAAUCCAAAGUGCUGAAGUAUAGAGCCAAAACAACAAAUGUGUCACUGUCCCAAUACUUUUGGAACUCACUGUAUAUGAAAUGUGAACCAUGUGAGGUCAUUGUUAAAUGUGUGGUGGGUUACUGUAUUUUGAUGGUAUGUGAAAGGAUCUUUGUAUUUGUUGAAUGUUCGGAGUUCAUACUGUAUGUACCUCAAUGCACUCGUGAACUGUUUUGUAUUGAUGCACACUAAAUUAUACUGUCCACUUUUUUUCUUUCUUCCCGUCUCUCCUUCCUAUCCCUACGUGUCUCUUCCUCAAUCACUUCAUCCUCCGUUUUCUUUUCCCCCCUUUUCUACCUAUCCUACCCCUGUACUUUCCUUGUCCUCCCCACUCUC